AUGUCUUUGAGACUUUUCACAACUGCCUCUCGCCUUAGUUCUGUAGCUUUUAAUAAUAAUGGCCGCAGUCAUUUUUCGACCGGUCUCAUAAGACCAUCAGCGGCCUCCUUGACCAGUGUUUUGCAUGCACAACUUGCCUCUACUUCACGUGGUACUCCUACAGUCUACGAAGCAGACAAAGAUUACUGGUCCCUGAAAACUACCAUCGACGAUAUUAGAGCAAAAUAUGGCUUAAAAGGUGGCAGUCCAAUCAAGGAUCCAAACCUCGAUCAACACUCUGAUGAGCUUGAGGUAGACAUUACAGCGGCCGAUGCACAAAAACUCUUGCGUAUUCAAUCUUUGCUCGAGAACGCGGCACGAGAUUUGAAUAACCUCAUCUCAAAUACGUCAACUGGACCAGAUGGUCAACCAAAAAAACAGGUAUGGUUGGCUGAAGAUGAUGAUGUGUCGGGUAACGCACAAGAAGCUAUCAAAAGUUUUCAGGAAAAUUACGUCGCGGGCGAUGUGGAUUUGAACGCGUAUCAUUUGGAGGAGAAUAUUGAUGAAAAACCGGUUGGAUUUCAAAAUUUUUAUAAACAGUAA